CCCUCAAUUCAUCAAGGCCUCUCUGUCGACGAUAGAGACAUGCAACGAAUGGCGCUUUCUUCAGAGCUUCGUGUUGGUAUCAAGGAAACAUAUCUCUCAUCUCUAUUGUGCUGACAAGCAUCAGCGUCGGUUCAAGCUUGCCUCUGUCAUUGGCUUCGCUUGCAUAUCCGGAGCCAAUGACUGUCGUAACGCUGGCAGUCGUGAUUGUCGCAACAGUCUACUAUGUUAUCCGUGGAUCAAGCACGUUCGAGGGACCUGCUGUGAGGAUGAAGAAAGCUGAGGAUGACAGUAGUAUGGUGGCCAUGGAAGAUAUAGUCGUCCAUGGGAAACAGUGAUAUAUGACGCGAUAUCGAUCAAGCCCGACCUGUAGUAGCUUGCUCAUGGCCAGUCUCAUUUUGAAUAUGUUCUACGGAACGAACAAUGCAAACUUCAAGCG